ACUACAUCCGGGUUAGUCGGUAGUUUCACAUGCCAUUUAUUUCAGCUGUCAAUGACUUUUUCUGCAUGUUCAAGAGGAGCUGCUUCGGGCUUAGCUGUAUCUUUUGAUACAGAAGAUGGCGCUGAUGGGGAUCCAGCUGGUAGUCAGCCUGCUGGCUGCCAGCGUCAUGCAGAGAAUGGCUCCACACUGCUCCUUUGCACGCUGGCUCCUCUGCAACGGGAGUUUGUACAGAUUCAAACACCCCUCAGAAGGAGAGCUGUGUGCACUGGCAGGAAAACACAUUCCUAAACAAAACAGGAGAGACAGAAGACAGAAUGGGGAGAACAAACCUCUCACUGUGCCCAAAGACAUUGACCUGCAAUUGGAGAAAGCUCCGAUCAAUGUGAUCGAUGCCCUUGUGCUGCGUUUUUUCCUGGAGUACCAGUGGCUUGUAGAUUUUGCGGUCUAUGCGAUGGGCAUCUUCCUGUUCACUGAGUGCUACUACAGUGUGGUAGAUGCCAGCAAGGAGGUCAACAUCGGAGCCAUCUGGUGCGUCCUGACUGUCCUCUUUGGCCUAAAGACGCUUCACACCCUGAUGAGCCACUACUUCCGCUCUGAGGAGGGUGGUGAGCGCUCGGUGUGCCUUGCCUUUGGCUUUCUGUCUCUCCUGGUGGCCAUGCUGGUACUAGUGGUCAGAGAGGACUACCUGGAAUUUGGACUUGAGUCCGGUUUUUCCAGCCUGUUUGACAAUUUGGAAAUCUUUGCCAAGCGGCAGGGCUACGCUGAGUGGUCAAUCCCGGUGACGAAGCUGACUGUGAAGCUAAGCCUAGCGGCUGUCUGCGCUUACAUCGGUGCCCUCCUGGCCUUUCCUGGACUCCGGUUGGCUCAGACUCAUCUAGAUGCUGUACAGAUGAACUCAGGUCGUCCGCUCAUACAGAUUUUGCUGCACUUGAGUUUCUUAUCCCCCAUCCUGGUGUUGGUCCUCUGGGUGAAGCCCAUUGCUAGAGACUUCCUGGCCAACGCGCCCAUGGGAAAGACUUCGGUCACAUUAGUGUCCAGUGCAGCAUUUGACAGCCUGCGUCUGUGGAUCAUUGUGGUGUCUUGUGUGCUGCGGCUGGUGCUGACCCGUGUCCACAUGCAGGCCUACCUCAACUUAUCUCAGAAGUGGGUGGAGCAGAUGAAGAAGGAGGCCGGACGAAUCGCUGCCAUCGACAUCCAGAGGAAGGUUACGCGUGUGUUCUGCUACCUGACUGUCGUUACUCUUCAGUAUCUGGUUCCGAUUUUCCUCAUCCUCUUCUCCAGUCUGUCCCUCAAGGCUCUUGGGGACUUCUCCUGGGGUGCGGUCGCUGAGGAGACCCCCGGGGUGACACCAGCACUAGUGAUGCCCACUGCAGCCCCUGUGCUGCCUGGUGGUCUGGAUGAAGAUGAAGACGGGGUGGAUGACAUGGAAGAAGACAUCCAGGCUACAGUAGCUCGUCUGUCGGAGACGUUCACAGCACUGCGGGCCGUCCUGACUCCCCUGUUCUUUCGUGGUUUGUUCGCCUUUCUCACCUGGUGGGUAUCUGCCUGCCAGGUGAUCAGCUCUCUGUUUGGGAUCUACUUUCAUCAGUACCUCAUGCAGAACUGAGAUGUCUACAUCUUUGUGUGCUGUCCAGUGCAGACAGCAAAGCAGUGAAGCCCAACUACAGACGGGCGCUGCCUUGUUUUGGUUGUAAGGAGAUAAUUAUUGAGCCCUGCUACCACAUGGACCAGCACGCUACUCGCAUCAAUCACUCAGAUCCACACAAAGAACUAGGGCUUGUGUCUCAGAGCAAGUUCAGCCAUUUUUUUUAUCUUUCAUUGGUUUUUGUGGCUUCAUCUAAUCCGUCUAUGCAGGACUCGUAUUCAGCACAGCAAUAGCACCUUGGGUUGACUUCUGGGCUCCAACAACUGAAACGAUUUACUAAAGUUUGAAUGAGGCGUUUGUGGUUGGAGUAAAUGUCUCCCAACAACGUGGAUUGUCCCCGUUUGUUGUGAAGUCCUCUGCUGCCUUUAGUAACAUGUAAAAGUCUCUUUUUCUGGUUGAUCUCCAUCAACAACUCGUUUUUAGUUUUUGAUGCGACUCAUGAAACUCAUUGGGUCAUUUAUUAACAAAAGCCAAUUUUCAGAAUGAGAAAUAAAGAGAAGGAAUCGGCUGCUUGUGAAUGUAACAGCUGGAACACAUCUGUAAGUAUAGCAUUCUCAGCAUAUUUCAGUCUUUUUUUGUUUGGUUUGUAACAGAAAACAAGUUUAUGUGAAACACAGGACCUCAGCUGUUUGGCUACAAAGGCAGGGAAGUUGAAUGUAAUCAGUAUGGUCGACUUGUGCUAAUGUACCAAAAUUUAGCUUGUAAAUGGUAAAGUCUUGCAGCUUACUGUGUUGUCAUGGCGAUCUGUACGGUGAUAGCAGAAAGCCAGCUAA